UUUAUUUCUGGUCUCCAUUUAACAAAAUUCCAAAAUGGGUCCAAAUUCACGGCGCUGUCUUAUAUUGCUCUUCAUUGCGGUAUCUUUCUUGGCUUGCAACCUGGUCGAUAGUUAUAUAAAGCAAAAGGAGCCCAUUCUUACAUUAUACCGCCAUGAAAUCCAGGAGAUUCAAGACGAUUUGGUUCAUCUGGCAGAUAGUUGCACCAUAGAGAAACUGAUGGUGGACGACUCACAGGAGUAUCUGCGGAUCAGUUGCCAUGUGGAUGAUCUGCCGGAGGGCUACGUUAGAAGGUUAAAACCCGUCGAUUAUGGAAGGAGUUUUUUCCUCAAUCAACGCAUUCCGAAACCCUUGAAGCGCCAGUGGAAUUUCCGAGUGCCCACAGAUGCCGUGAAUGGACUAAGUCUGCUGACUUGAUUGAUUCGACGACUGCCCACUAGACUGAUAAAGAAAAAAAUGUCAAAAGCCAGCUUAUCA